GAGUGACGUCAUCCGGGAAGCCGUUGGUUUCCAGCUCGGGAUCAGCCCGCUGCUUCUCAUGUAGAGACCUGGGAAGUUACCGCACCGUCGAAAACCACCUAUUUUUUUAUUCCACUUUUUAAAAACAACUUCUUCUUCUUUUUUUCUUCCUUCUUCGCUGUUCAGCCUCAAACAUCUCAGCGGCACCAUGUCUUUCGUCCCCGGUCAGCCGGUCACCGCCGUGGUGCAACGAAUUGAGAUCCAGAAGUUACGGCAAGGAAACAACCUGAUCCUGGGCUUCAGCAUCGGAGGAGGCAUCGACCAGGAUCCCGGGCAGAACCCCUUCUCUGAGGACAAGACCGAUAAAGGCAUCUACGUGACCAGGAUAACGCCUGGAGGACCAGCAGACGUCGCAGGCCUGAUGAUGGGAGACAAAAUAAUGCAGGUGAACGGCUGGGACAUGACCAUGGUGACUCACGACAAGGCUCGUAAAAGGCUGACGAAGAAGAACGAAGACGUGGUGCGGCUACUGGUGACCAGGAAGUCGCUGGAGGAGGCCGUCAAACACUCUAUGGGCACCUACCACAAGCAGUAACGUGGUGACCUACAGGCACAGAGUAAAGCAAUAGUCAAGGACUGAACGCUCUGACGUGCAGAGACUCCCCCAAAUUCAUGUGAUGGUUGCACCGUGGCCUUUAGAACUUUAUCAAUGCAAACAGACAAGAAAAAAAACACUCGAUCAUCCUGGUGACGCCUCCAGACGUCUGACUUUGAGUAUGUUAGUUUUUUACACUUUCUGACUGAACCCCACCUCGUCCACUUUCCUUUUUAGAUAUGUUUGUAGUGUAGCUGAUAGGAGGGAUAAAUGAUAUGAGAAUGUGACUCUGAACGUCAGAGUUCAGGAACAGGACAAACACAUUCAGUACGGUCACUACAUUCACUGCUGCUUGUUAUUUCUGAAUAAGACUGAAGUGAGCUGUUGGAGGACAGGAAGGUGCAGCACAACGUUAUCGAUUCAUUCCCACUUCAGUCCUCUUUCCGAGUUCUUUGGGAGCAACUGUAGUUUGUCUUGAUGUAUUUAGCCGACCAAAGCUGGAGAGAAGCUCAGAGUCUCCUCAAUGAUCCGCUUCUCGUCUCAUUUAAAGAACCGACAUGCAGCGUUGAAAUGCCAAAGUAAGAGCUCAGACACUCAGUUCAAUCCAGCGCAGCGUCUGUAAUCAGUUUGCUUUUUGUUUUUUUAAAUAAUGGUACAGUAUGCUGUAAAAAAUAUACAAAAAAUGUCUUUCACUAAUUUUACUGAUGCACAUUUCUCUUGUAUUUAUCUUGCUUUUGGGUAACGUGUGGAAAACAUCGUCUCUCUUUCUGUAUCUACUGCAGUCACACAUGCAGAUUUACUUCUACGUUAACGCUGAUUAUUCAGAACAUUUCAUAGACUGGACCUCAGGUUCAGCAGGAGAACGGUGGUGAGUUGUGGUUUUCUCUCAGAGGAGAAGUGUCCUACUGGAUCGUUUCUAACUCUAAAAUGUUCUGAUGUUUCUGGUCAGACCAAAAGUCCAAACCUGAACCGAGCAGGAGUGAAUGUUGUUGCACAGCAGCCUUAAAUGAACACUUCAUACCACCGCCUUGAAUGAUUCGUCUCGCUCUGUUUGUCCAGCGUGGUUUAGUUUCUAAACUGUUUCUCUGAUACAGCCACUAAAUUCAACAAUAUUCUGGUUUAGAAAUCUUAAAGCAUUAAUGCCAUUAUUAUUAUUAUUAUUAUUAUUAUUAUUAUUAUUAUUAUUAUUAUUAUUAUUAAUAAUAAUAAUAAUAUCUGAUAUCUGUGGGUGAGCUUUUUUUGUUUUCUUAUUGGUUUAUGAAAUAAUUUUGUACGUGUUCAGCAGAACUAUUUGAUUUUUCCAGUAUUAACUUUAUGCAAUAAUCACGUUUGUAAAAUGUUUUCAUUCCAAAAAAAUGUAAAAAUCAAGCAGCACUACAUUGGCAUGACAAUAAAUGAACGCUGGAGAUAUUUCGUACUAUUCAGGUCGUAUUCAAAGGCAUCAGAUUAUUGUUAUUUACAGUUAUGUAAUGAAAGCUUUUUAUAUUUGACAGCACAGGCUCGACAACCUUUCUAGGCCUCACAGUGAAAUCAUAUCUGCUAACAGAUUACGCUCUUAAUUACAAUAAUAAUUACAUCCAGAAUAUCAAAGAGUGUUUUUCCCCGCUUUUCAAAUCAUUUAAAGUAUUUCUGAGGCCUAACCAGGUGUUCCUGGAGCUCCUCCAUCAUUGUGAGACCCGUUGGGGGUUCGUGAGCCGCUGGUUGAGGGAAAAGAAGAUUUUCUCUGACUUGUUUCUGUCUUCCUCCAGAUUUUGUAAACUGUCAGCUGAGCACGAAUGUUUUGCAUCUGAUUGUCUGCAGUUUACUGUAUGAAUGUUUCUCAGAUAAAACAAAAACAAGGACUGAAAACCAAA